ACAGACUGGUUCGUCAGGCUGCCAUCAUCCGUAUUCAGCAACUUGCAUUAUCACCUCUCGGAAUGCAUCCCCAAACGAUCAAUUCAUUCGAAGCCAAGACGGAUGUUACAGCUACGCCCUGUCCGGAUGUCGACUCCUCUUCUCACUUCAGCCCUCGUAGCUAAUGAACUCGGCUGUUGUUGCGAGGGCAACAGACGCACUGGCAAACAGCCUCAAGAGUCACCGAGACAGUCACGUCUGCCACUAGCCUCGUCGGUUCUCUCAAUCUGA